AUGAGUGCCAACUCCGAACCUGUACCAGUCGAGCGAAAGAAAACAUCGGCCCCAAAAGUCCGCACGGGCUGUAUCACCUGCAAGAAACGACAUGUCAAAUGCGACGAGGCUCGCCCAGUCUGUCUCCGAUGUCGACGAGGUGGCCACAAAUGCUUGGGCUACGAUACUAUUCGAACUUGGAUGUUUGAGCCUGCUAGGUCUUCAGUGACACAGUCUCAUCCACAACCUGCUCCGGAACGCAAAGAUGAAUGGUCAUCUCUAUCUGGAGAAGCUGAAAAUGCCCUCUGUCCUCCAUCAUCUGGUCUGGCACCACUCAGUCUUUUCUCCAGCCUCUCCGAGACUCGUUCCUUCGAAUUCUUUCUCCAUAACACUGGCCCUUUUCUGAGCCACUUCUCGCCCACUCCAGCGCCUCUUUUUAAUGCUUUCAUUCGCUCAGCUUUGUCCUGUGCGGCAACGAAGAACCUUCUUCUCGCCCUUGCCAUUCUCGAUGAGUCUCGAAUACCAGACUUUGCACUACGCAAAACAGGAAGUGCACCGCUGAAGGCUGCAGAGAGGUACCACACAGCUGCUCUUGGACUCAUGGCCCGGGAGCGCUAUCCGCUGCAUGAUUUGCUGAUUGCCAGCAUACUUGCUUGGUCCUAUGAAGUUGGCAAUCGUCGGAUGCAGUCUGCUCGCGUACACCUGGACUCGGCCCUGCUGAUCGCUGAUAAAAAUCUAGCUCGUUCCAGCCAGGACAGCGAUCCCUCAUACCACCGUGAUGACCUCGUUGAGACAGUGCUCAAGCCAUCCCUAGACGCGAAUCAAAGUUUCCACCAUUCAACAACCAUUUUUGCCAACCAGGGCGCUACCGGGGAAACAUCUCAUCCAUCUUUAGACUUGCCGGGAACCUUCUCCUCUGUUUCCGAAGCGGCGCAGCUUCUUGAAGGCUGUUUCGACUUGCUCUACGUCGAUCGUAUCAGCACCUCGGAUGCAGCAGCAUUCGGCCGGAACUGGUUGGAUAUAAUUCGCAGACACCGUACGAGGGGUAUUGGCAUUGAGCCACUCAUGCAAAGAUGGGUAUUGUAUCUACUCUACGCCACCCUGGGCACUUUCAUCGAGGUAAAACUUGAAGCACUCUCGGAGUUUGAUGCGCAGACACGAUGCAAUCAUGUCAUUGGCCUAAUGGAAACGAUCUCAGAGACUGAACUAUUUGCCGGCUUCUCUGACGCUCUGGGCCUGAUCAUGAAGAUCACAGCAGGCACUUGUCAAGCUGUUCAGCCGGUAGUGCGCAUAAAACGGCUGUUGGACAAAAUUCGGGGGCGCGGACCUUAG